AUGCCUGAACAUCUUGCAAGCUUCACUCUCCCACAACAUGUUGAAGAGCUUCGAGCAGAACUGGCGAAGGCGGUAGAAGAACAACGGCAGUUCCAAGAUUCUAAGUUGCCUGGGUUUUGGGAAUGUCUUACUCCAGGGUAUGAGGAUAGCGCACAGAAGUUAGCUCUUGGAAUAUGGAAGGAAAGACCAACCCUCUGGGGCCUACUACGACCGACGAAACCACAGGAAGGUAGAUUUAUGAUCAAUCGAACUCGGGAUACAUACCUCGUCCCUAUAGUGGUUUUGCAGGGAUCCUCACACGUCUCGGCUGAUAACAAGAAUUGGAGCUCUUUCGAACCUGGAAUAGCAAUCUUCUGCACCUCGAAUUCGUUCUCAUGUGUGCGAGGAGACGUGGUUUUCUUGGUUGUACAAUAA